AUGCUUGCUGGAAUGCUGGGACGCUGGGUCCUUGGCUUCACGCUGCUCGCUGGCGCCCUCGCUGAUACUGAGAUCCGCAACUUCCGCGUUCCGCUCGAUGGCCCAGGCAGCGCUGUCGUCCCAAACGUGACGAUCGGUGGCUCAGAGCACAUCCAGCUCGAGGUGAACAAGGAUCAGCCCGAGGUGUGGGUCGGCCUCCGCGGUGCGCCGGGCAUGUGGACUGCGCGCGUCUCCUGGCCAGCGAGUACGGACCUGACUCUCCUGCACAUCACAUCCGAGCCUCUGACGCCACGACUACGCCACGCGCCGUUGGAGGAGCGUGGACUCAUUCAGCCGUCAUCAGCUGGGGAAUGGGACUACGACACGCCGUUCGAUGUCGCGUUCGAGCCACUCGUGCUCGGUGCCGUGCCGCAGGCGACGUUCCGCACGCUCCUGCCCACCAUUGGAAUGCUGCUGCUCCUCGGCGCUGGACUUGCCAAGUACUUCUUCAACCUGCUCGAAUUUGAGCUCGAGCGAGUCGACAAGGAGGAGGCGCAGGAUAUCAUGGCAGCCGGAGGCGUGAGGAAGACCCAGUAG